AUGGUGGCUUACGCUCCUUACGUCGCCGGGACCGCUUCGCUGUCCUCGGUUUACCACGCACCGUCGCUCUUCCCGGCACCGAAUGGCAACUACACGGCCGACAUCUGCCAGAUCGUCACCGCUACCGUCACUCAAUAUGCCACCGCAUAUCCCACCAGCAACGACCACGGACAUGGAGGACCGUACUACAACCCCUACAACGACGUCCCGCUUCCGUACAACUGGCCCGGCAAGCCGUCUCACGGCGAGACUUUACCUCCUCCCUAUCCAACUACGCCAUAUCCUUAUGGGGGGCCUGCGAAGGACAAGUACGACGCGCCAGCGUGGAUUCCGAAGGGUACCAACAAGCUGAUUCCCUCCUUGCCGAAGGGGAAGCAGAAUGGAAACUCGUACUGGGGAGAGCUUGAUUGUCCUCAUCUCCCGAUCAGUGGAUUGCCCAGUGGUCCGAAGUAUUCGUCGCUCCCGACUCCGACGGGUUACUCCACGGGUGUCCCGUACCCGCCUUAUCCAACCGGCUCUGGUUCUUCGGGAGCUCCCUACCCUACGGGAGGCUCGUACCAGCCGUAUCCCACCGGCUCUGAAUACCCAUCUGGUUCUGGUUACCCAACCAUUUCGGUUUACCCGUCUUCGAGCGUUUCUGGCUCGGUGACUAACUCCAUGAACGCCACAUCGUCCAGCACCAGCACACCUGCUCCUAACUGCCCUACUAUGCCAGAUACUGGUGUCACGCGCACUUAUGAUCUCCACGUUGCCUACCAGACGAUCGCUCCGGACGGCAUCACUAGGAACGGCUUGACUAUCAACGGACAGUUCCCCGGCCCACUCGUUGAAGCUAACUGGGGAGAUUGGAUUCUCUUCCGCGUCACCAAUGAUUUGACCGAUGAGGGUACUGCCAUCCACGCUCACGGACUCUUCCAGACUGAAACUUCCUGGUAUGACGGUGUGCCCGCUGUCGCUCAGUGCCCGAUUACGCCGAAUGGUGGCACCUUCGAACAGCUUUUCCGUGCCGACCGUUACGGAAGCUCGUGGUACCACAGCCACUACAGUGCUCAGUACUCCGGUGGUGCUCAUGGCGCCAUGGUCAUCUACGGUCCCAAGCACGCUGAGUACGACAUCGACCUCGGCCCAGUUAUCGUGGAAGAUUGGUUCCAUGCCGACUACUACACUCUCAUCAACAACACCAUGAACGGAAGAUUCCCGCCAUCCAACAACAACCUGAUCAACGGCAAGAUGCAGUAUCCUUGCGCCAACACCACUCUGCCUUGCGAUGCGAAUGCGGGUGUUGCCAAGUUCCAAUUUGAGUCUGGCAAGAAGCACCUACUGCGUCUCGUCAACGCUGGUGCCGAGGGUGUCCAGAAGUUCAGCAUUGACGGACACCAGCUCACCGUCGUUGCACUGGACUUCAUCCCUGUUGAGCCCUACACCACCAACGUCGUCACCCUCGGCAUUGGCCAGCGCUGUGACAUCAUUGUGGAAGCUACCGGUUCCCCUAGCGACGCCUAUUGGAUGCGCUCCCAGCUCGGCACGGAGCACUGCACUCUCAAUGACGGCAUCUCGCCCAACGCCGUUGCUGCCGUCUACUACGAAGACGCUGACACCGAGUCGGUCCCCAGCACCACCAGUGACGUGACUGCCGAACAGCUCGCCGCCUGCAAGAACGACGACCUCGCCACCGCCGGCAUUCCGCUCUGCAAGGUCCCCAUCGAGGAGCCUGAGACCACCGAAGUCAUCGACUUCACCUUCCGCUCCAACGGCACAAACUUCAUUUGGUUCGUCAACAACAGCUCGUACCGCGGCGACUACAACGCGCCCAUUUUGCUAUCCGCCAAGAACGGCGACUUCGACUACAAGCCGGAGUGGAACGUGUUCGACUUUGGCUCCAACAAGACGGUCCGCAUCCACAUGACCAACCACGGGCUCAUCGGCUCGCACCCGAUGCAUCUCCACGGCCACGACUUCCACGUCCUCGCCGAGGGCUUCGGCGAGUGGGAUGGCACGGUCACCAACGCUGAGAACAGUGUUCGCCGCGAUACGCAUAUCCUGCAGAAUGGCAAGAAUAACACGGAUGGUACGGUUACGCCGUCCUUCACGGUCAUUCAGUACACGCAGGAUAACCCAGGAGCUUGGCCGCUACACUGCCAUCUCGCGUGGCAUGUUAGUGGAGGCCUGUUCCUUGUUGCCCUCGAGAAGAAGGAUGAGAUUAUGACACAGAUUUUUGAUGAGGAUGUGUUUGAGCUGUGUGACAAGUGGGAUGCGUACACGGCUAGCAACCCGCCGAACCAGAUCGAUUCCGGGUUGUAA